UUGGUCAUGUUCAAAGUGGGACUAUUGUGAAAACAGGAACUAUCUUGGCUAAAACGAGCAUGACUGGAGCUUUUGUGGCAGUCGGCGAGUUUUCAGGCAGACAACAUGUGUACUGGAAAGUGCUCCCUUUUCAUUGCGAUCUCUCUGUACCCCCUGGUUCUCCUGUCCAUCCUCUGCAACAUUUUGCUCUUCUUUCCUGACUGGAGCACCAAGUCUGUCAAAGAAGGACACAUUACUGAUGAGGUGAAGUACAUGGGCGGAUUCAUCGGUGGUGGUGUCUUGGUACUGAUCCCAGCACUGUACAUUCACUUGACUGGAGAACAAGGCUGCUGUGCAAACCGCUUGGGGAUGUUCUUUUCCGUCAUAUUUGCCGCUGUGGGUGCAGCUGGUGCUGUCUACAGCUUCAUUGUGGCGUUGCUCGGCCUCUAUAACGGGCCUCUGUGCAGAACCUCAUCUUACAAAUGGGAACGACCGUUUAUGGACAAGAACCUGGAAUAUGUGAAAAACUCUCAAUACUGGAACGAUUGCCUAGAGCCAAAGAACGUGGUCCAGUUCAACAUGGGUCUGUUCAUCACCCUGAUGGUGGCCAGCGUUCUGCAGGGUCUCCUCUGUGUCAGCCAGGUGAUCAACGGCUUCGUCGGGUGCAUCUGUGGAACCUGCAACGACAAGGAGGAACUCUGAGUUUGUCGGCAUGAAGGGUUCAAAAAGCUGUCGCCGUGCAACAUCUGGAAAUAGCCUCCUGGUUGCUUUUUAAAGAAAAUGCUUACUUUGACACUGAUGUUCUCUUCAGCUGUGUUAGCUUGUUCUUUCCACAAUAUAUUACAAAUGCUUGAUUCUGCUUGCAGUGUAUUAAUCUGAGGAGAUAAGUGUUGGAAAUACCAUGCACAUAAAUUGAAUAAUGAAAUAAAAUGUUUUAUCAGGUAGCACACUUUUGGUCCUCGUGUUA